AUGUACAAGCUUUUAGCUGAUUGCCUAUCAGUCAGUGUUGGGUCUGACUGUCAUGUGGAAGUACUCGGCUCAGAGUGCUUGACAGUGCUGAAUCUGAAGAGAAUUUCAUCACCUAGAACACUGUUUGUUGGGCAACAGGAUGUGAUACAGAUUCGCAGCUCUCUUAUAACUGAUUACUCAGCAUUUCCUCAUAAAGGAAUCAGCAUGUACAAUGAUUUAGUAGCAAAUUCAGCACUUAUACAGACAGGCAUUAAAAGCAUUGACACAAUAUUGGAAGGUGGCUUGCUUACAGGAAACAUAUAUGAGUUGUGUGGUCUUUCUGGUACAGGGAAAACCCAAAUUUGUCUUGCAACAACAGCACAUGUAACAUCAAAUUUGAAACAAAGUAUAUAUUACAUUGAUUCAAAUUUGUCUUUCUCAGGGGAAAGAAUGCAGUCAAUAUUGGAUGCCAGAUGUCUUGAUGAUGAGGAAAUUGGUAAUAUAAUGAAUAAAGUAAAAGUGGUAAAUGUUAGAAAUAUUUAUCAGCUUUUUUCGUUCUUACACAAAUGGAAAGAAGACCUCCAGGAAAUGAGGGGAAACUACAGCAUUCGUCUUGUUAUUAUUGAUUCAUUACCACCACUGUUUUUUAAUUUUUAUGGAGAAGGCCAUAAUGAUGGUUUACCACAAAUGAACCAUCUAAGUAAUCUCAUAAGACAUCUGGCUCAGGAGCACCAUAUUGCAUUCCUUGUAGUAAAUCUUGCUAUACAAUAUUUUGAAGCAGAUGGACUGCUUUCAGAAGGGAAAAUUAAGAAUGCUUGUGAGGAAACAAAGAAUUAUUCUAAUGUGAAACCCGCUCUUGGAAAGUAUUGGUUACAUCUACCAAAUACAAGACUUCUUGUGGAAAAGAGGCCAUGCAGCCAAGAAGCUCAAAUAACAGUUACAAAAAGUGCCAGUAUACCACUAGGAAGAAGUUGUAAAGUGAAUCUAAAUGGGAGAGAUAGUCUAUGAGUGCUGUUAUAUCUUUUGAGAAAAGUAAUUGAUUUUGUCUUGCAGUUAUUGACAAAUGUGAAAUAUUUCACAUUUUAAGCAUGCAACACUUUUCUCCUGUGCUAAAUAUCUUUUAUGCCAUGCUAAUUCAUUUUUCAUAUAUGGGUAAGUUUUAAGUGCAAUCUGUGGUGAUUUUAUUAUUGUACAAAAUUCUCAUUCCUCAAAUAAGUGGUGUAUUGAUAAAAUAUUGGUACUAUAUUACUGAAGAACUGUUUGAUUCCCAGUGUUCUGUAUUAGUAUUCUUUGCAGUAUGUUCCAUAAUUUAUAAGUUUGCAUUAAGAAACUCAGGGAAAUUGUAAUAAUGCUGAAAUAGUACAUUUGUAGCAUUAUAUAUUGUUAUACAGUGGUUAGAUAUAAAGUUGAGGGAAGUGAAUAGCUUACAAUAAAAUGUGAACAGUUGUGUAUUUAA